GCCGAGCCUGUCUGCGGAGGGCGAGGGCAGGGACCAGGAGCUGCCGCGUGCGGGAGUCAGCCCGUGGGGAGGCGCCGGGCUCCGCUCCCGCCCCGGGGGUACCCCACAGCCCGGGGCCGCCGGCUGGAGCCCCGGAACGCCCAUCGCGGGCUCUCUCUCUCUCUCUCUACGCCGAGCGGAGCGGGGCGGGAAGGGGCGAGGAGGAGGCGGAAGGCGGAGGGAGCGGGGCCUCUGUCGCCCUCCCGGCCGGCUGCGCGCAGGAACUGGCGCCUGAUCCAUUGCUUCGCUGGAGGCACCCGGGCGGGCGGGCGCCCUCCCUUUCGGAGCGGCCAGGGCUGCGCCCGCGUCCUGUGCGGCUGUAGACACCAGAUGGGCCCAGGCGCAGCCUGUGGAUGGAAGUGACUGAGGGGACCUCGCCUCGUUAAGAGACACGCAGAGGCCGAAGGAAGGACCGGGACCGUCCGCGGGAUGGGAUGCCUCCCUGACCCCCGUCGUCUUCCCAGCUUGUCCCGCGUGCCCAGGGCCGAGUGAGGAGGCGCCAGAGGUGACCGUGGCUAUCCAUUUCCCCGCCUCACCCCUGGAUAUGUUUCAUGCUCAACCUGGAUGCUUCUUUGAUAUCGUGAAGUUGCGUGGGAAAUAAUCUGGGUUUCCGGUGUGACCGCAAGAAUAGCUGCUCACCCAGGGGAAGGGAAAUGCAUCCUGGUUUGGAGACAAAACCUCCCUUUCCUAUAAUCGUUAGAAAGAAGAGGAGCCAAGUUCCGAGGCAUGAAGAUAGAUGUGUGUAAUGGAGUAAGACCUCAGACAGCUCCUGUCAUCUGCCGUUUGCCCUUCCAGACUGGAUUGUGAUUCAAGCGAGUUUUAAGAUUGUUUAAAGGGAGAAAAAUCCUCCUUUCGGUAUUUUUUUUUCUUCUGCCUCCUUCUUUGGCUUCCUCAGGUAUGAGUGCCUCGCUGCAGCACCUUUUGCUGGUGCUCUUGCUCUCCAAUGCCACCCUGCUGCUCAGCACUGCGGCUGCUACCCAGAGUGAGGAGCGGUUGUGUGCAUUUAAGGACCCAUAUCAACAGGACCAUGGAAUCAGUGAGAAUCGAAUCUCUCAGGAGAAUGGCACAAUUUUAUGUGUGAAAGGCACCUCCUGCUAUGGACUUUGGGAAAAAACACGAGAAGGAGACAUACAUCUUGUAAAACAAGGAUGCUGGUCUCACAUAGGAGACCUACAGGAGUGUCAGUAUGAGGAGUGUAUAGUAACAACCACCCCUUCCUUGAUUCAGAAUGGAACGUAUCGCUUCUGCUGCUGCAGCACUGACUUGUGUAAUGUCAACUUCACUGAAAACUUUCCUCCUCCUGACCCAACGGAUACACCACUUUUCAAUUCAUCUAAUUCUUUUCAUCGAGAUGAAACUAUUGUUAUUGCCUUGGCUUCAGUCUCUGUAUUAGCUGUUUUGAUUGCUGCUAUAUUCUUUGGAUAUAGGAUGCUUGCAGGGGACCGUAAGCAAGGUCUACACAGUAUGAACAUGAUGGAGGCAGCAGCAUCAGAGCCCUCACUAGACCUGGAUAAUCUAAAAUUGCUAGAACUGAUUGGCCGGGGGCGAUAUGGAGCUGUGUAUAAAGGUUCCCUAGAUGAGCAUCCAGUGGCUGUAAAAGUAUUUUCCUUUGCUAACCGCCAGAACUUUAUCAACGAGAGGAACAUUUACAGAGUCCCACUGAUGGAGCAUGACAAUAUUGCCCGAUUCAUUGUGGGCGAUGAGCGAUUCACUGCAGAUGGACGUAUGGAAUAUUUGUUGGUGAUGGAAUAUUAUCCCAAUGGUUCUUUGUGCAAGUAUUUGAGUCUUCACACCAGCGACUGGGUGAGCUCCUGUCGUUUGGCGCAUUCGGUAACAAGGGGCCUGGCAUACCUUCACACAGAGUUACCUCGAGGAGACCAUUAUAAACCUGCAAUUUCCCAUCGCGACUUGAACAGCCGUAAUGUAUUGGUGAAGAAUGAUGGAACAUGUGUAAUUAGUGAUUUUGGAUUAUCCAUGAGAUUAACUGGAAAUCGACUGGUACGUCCGGGUGAGGAGGACAAUGCAGCCAUUAGUGAGGUUGGUACAAUCCGCUAUAUGGCUCCUGAAGUGCUAGAAGGAGCAGUGAACUUGAGGGACUGUGAAUCUGCUCUGAAACAAGUAGAUAUGUAUGCACUAGGCCUUAUCUACUGGGAGAUCUUCAUGAGAUGCACAGACCUCUUCCCAGGGGAGUCGGUGCCAGAGUACCAGAUGGCAUUCCAGGCAGAAGUUGGAAACCAUCCCACUUUUGAAGAUAUGCAAGUACUGGUAUCUAGGGAGAAGCAACGACCAAAAUUCCCAGAAGCUUGGAAAGAGAACAGUCUGGCUGUGAGGUCCCUUAAAGAGACAAUCGAAGACUGUUGGGACCAAGAUGCUGAAGCUCGACUGACAGCCCAGUGUGCUGAAGAGAGGAUGGCUGAACUCAUGAUGAUUUGGGAGAGGAACAAAUCAGUCAGCCCAACAGUCAAUCCUAUGUCUACUGCCAUGCAGAAUGAGCGCAACCUGUCACAUCACAGGCGUGUGCCAAAAAUCAGGCCAUAUCCAGAUUACUCUUCUUCCUCUUAUAUUGAAGACUCAAUCCACCACACUGACAGUAUAGUGAAGAACAUUUCUUCUGAGCAUUCAGUGUCCACUACACCAUUGACUUCAGGGGAGAAGAACAGAAACUCCAUUAACUAUGAACGACAGCAAGCACAGGCUCGCAUCCCUAGCCCUGAGACUAGUGUCACCAGUUUGUCCACCAACACAACUACCACCAACACAACUGGCCUCACGCCUAGCACUGGCAUGACUACCAUCUCUGAGAUGCCUUACUCAGAUGAAACAAACCUCCAUGCUACAAAUGUCAUGCAGCCUGUUGGACCAACUCCUGUUUGUCUGCAGCUAACAGAGGAGGACUUAGAAACCAACAAGCUGGAUCCAAAAGAAGUAGAUAAGAACCUAAAGGAGAGCUCUGAUGAGAAUCUGAUGGAGCAUUCCCUUAAACAGUUCAGUGGACCAGAUCCACUCAGCAGCACCAGCUCCAGCUUGCUUUACCCACUGAUCAAACUUGCAGCAGAGGUGACAGGACAGCAGGACUUCACACAAGCUGGGAAUGGUCAAGCAUGUUUGAUUCCAGAUGUCCCAUCUACUCAGGUCUACCCUCUUCCCAAGCAGCAGAACCUUCCGAAGAGGCCUACUAGUCUACCUUUAAACACCAAAAAUUCAACAAAGGAGCCACGACUGAAAUUUGGUGGGAAGCACAAAUCAAACUUGAAGCAAGUGGAAACUGGAGUUGCCAAGAUGAACACGAUCAACGCUGCAGAACCUCAUGUGGUAACAGUUACCAUGAAUGGAGUGGCCGGGAGGAGCCAAAGCAUAAACUCGCAUGGUGUAACAACCCAAUAUGCCAAUGGUGCAGUGCCAUCUGGCCAGACAACCAGUUCAGUGGCACACAGGGCCCAGGAAAUGCUGCAGAAUCAGUUCAGUGGAGAGGACAGUCGGCUGAAUAUUAACUCAAGCCCCGAUGAGCAUGAACCUUUACUGAGACGGGAGCAGCAAGUUGGCCAAGAUGAAGGUGUUUUGGAUCGUCUAGUGGACAGGAGAGAGCGACCGCUGGAUAAUGGCCGAACAAACGCCAAUAACAACAACAGUAAUUCAUGUCCAAUGCAAGACGUUACUACACUUGGCACCCAGAGAAUGACAACAUAUCCUGGGCAGACCCAGACUAGAAGAGCACAGAGGCCUAAUUCACUAGAUCUAUCGGCCACAAAUUCUUUGGACAGCAGUAGCUUGCAGUUAGGUGACUCAUCACAAGAUGGCAAACCGGGCUCAGGAGAAAAGAUCAAGAAACGUGUGAAAACUCCAUAUUCACUUAAGCGGUGGCGCCCUUCAACAUGGGUCAUCUCCACUGAACCACUGGACUGCGAGGUGAACAACAAUGGCAGUGACAGGGCAGUCCACUCUAAAUCCAACACUGCUGUUUACCUGGCAGACGGAGGUACUGCCACAACAAUGGUGUCUAAGGAUGCAGGAGUGAACUGCCUGUGAAAUAUUUUAAAAGCCGACAAAAUGACAUUUUUGCAUUAUUUGAAACAAACAUGCAGAAGACAUUUUAAAAAACUGCUUUCUCCUCCUGUCAGCACCCCCUGCCAAGAACUCGCUUUAAAUAGAUUUCAGCUAUGCAGAAAUUUUUUAGCUUAUGCUUCCAUAUUUUUUGUUUCAUUUUUUUAACGUUUUUGCACUUUUAUUUAGUAUCGCUAAAGUUAAGUCUGUCUGUUUUUGACCACAGAAUUAUAUAUAUGUGUAUCAAAAAUGUGGUCUCAAAAUAUUUUUUUAAAAAAAAUAACAAAAAAAUGUAUUGCUGAUAAUCAGUUUGGACCAGUUCCUAAAGGUCACUAAAAACAUAAGCAGACUAUAAGACAGGUUUGACUGCAGUGGUGUCUUGUACCCAUGUUUUGAUUUCUGUGCACAAGUUAAUUAGUAUGUUUCUAUGUUACAGAGUGUAUUAUCUUUUGAACGCCCUACUUUUCUUGUGUUAUGUUGAAAUGUGCAAUAGUCUAUAGUUCACAGUAUGCUUUAUUGGAAAGUGUGUUUAUAAAACUGCCACACAUUCUCCCCCUAUUCGUAUUUGUUAAUUUUUUUCCUGACAGUUUGGCAGUCGGUCAUUAAUGACAGUGAACUUUGCACACCAUAGCCAGCUUGAAGCAGCUGCCUAUAUCUAUCAAUGAGCUCUAAGAUUAUAAUGGAAAAUGCAUGAAUUUUCCCCACCUUGAAAGGACUUUUAAAAGGAACAAACAAAAUAUGAUUUCAGCUGCCUUUCUUUUCAACCUUCCAUAUCUUAACCAGUUUCCUUCAUAGGAGACAUAACACUGGAAGGGGAAGCUUUAAGCAAGACAGUGUUGAACAAAAUGUGAGGAAACAAAGUAAGUCUGCCAUUUUUCCAUUUGAUUUUUGCUGCAGUUUCAGAGUUUGUAUUUAUGAACAUUUUUUAUUGAUUGCUAUUAAUGUGUAUUUAUCAGAAAUCCUAAUGAACUGUCCUACUAAGAUCUUGAAUAUAAGUAGGUUGCAUUUUGUUACUUACAAGAGAAAAAAGCCUGACUUAUGAUUGACACAAAACAGUCAUGUGAUGAGCAGCUAAGCGUCUAUUAAAUACCUCUGCAGAGGUAAAUAUUGAGGUCUGGAGCCAUGUCCAUCAAAUUGCAUAUGCAAGUAUGUUUAUCCUAAUUGGCGGCAGCUGAGUUAAGUAAAAACUAGUUUUCUUAGAGUUUUGUAUAGACCUCUUAAUUCAUCUUGCUAUUAGAAUUUUAAACAUACACUUUUAAAAGUUAUGGCCAUGUGGAGAGAUUUCAAUUUUUUAUGGUGAAAACACUCAGAACGUAUGUAACACUACAUACAUUGACUUCAUGUAUUGUGACCAUUAAUCCCUUGAGGUGAGUGACCACAACUUCUUCCCAGGGUAAUAGAACUUGUUGUCUAUUUAAAAAGAAGUAAUUACGUCCUUACUGGCCAUUCCAACCACAUGAGGCCUUUGUCUCAAGAGUGAUUAUUUACCCUGCUGAAAUAAAUUUAAUAAGAAGUAAUUAGCUAAAAAAUUGAAGUAUCUAGCGUAGUGUGGCACUGAGCAAAGCUUUGUAGCUGUAUUUGAAAAUGGCUCAUGUUCGAACACCUUAAACUGUGGAAAAAUGAUUCCGUCAGCAUGCCAAAUCCCUAUGGCAGGAUGCUGGCAGUCAAGAUUUGCCACCAAACUUGCCUUUUUUCAGCUGACUGAAUCUGAUUUUCUGUCCUUUCAAGACCAUUCAUUUCCUUGAUAUUGCUCUGGUACAAUCUUUCCCCAUAAGGUAACUUUUUCUAACUCUCUUUGAGCCUCUGAUGAUUACCUGCCAUAUGUAAUAUAUGGCCUUCCAUAUCUGACUCUGUUUCCAAGCUUCCUUGUUUGCAUUCCUGUCUCUCUCUGGCAUCUUAUCCUGCUUCCUAAAUGCUGUAGGCCAGAUUCUGCUGUCAGAUACACCAGUAUAAAUCCAGAGUUACUCUGUUAUUAUACUGGUGUAACUGAAAUCAGACUCUGGCCCAGUGUAGUUGCAGGAGUGUAAAUCAGGGCAGAAUUUGGCCUCCAGCUCUUUAAGCACUGGCCAGGUCCUUACACACAAAUAAAGGCCCCUGCUUUUCUCUUAGGCACAACUCUGUUAACCUAAUGUAUAAAUAUACAGCUGCUUCUCUUUAUGUUGCUAAAAAAUUUUCUCCAUUUUAUUUUCAGUUCUUUCUCCUGCUUGCCAUCUGCUGCAAUCUUACAUCCCAGAUAUUGAAAACUUGCCACUUGUUCAGUUGGCUUGCAUUACACGCCGGUCUGAAUUCUUGGCACUAUAGUCAUAAUAUUGCCUGUGCUUUUUGUUUCUUUUGGGGUUUACCUUCACUUGAAAUUCUUCACACUUUUUGGGUCUAUGUGUGAAUUUCUGGAGUACAAUACUACUUUGUUUUUUGCAACAAUCACGAUAUCACGUGCAUAAUGAAGAUUGCUCACAUCUCUUCUAGUGACUUUUUGCUUUGCCUUAAGUGUAACCUUUAUCAUCGUUUCAGAGUGUUAGUUUAAAAAACAUCUGUAAAACACUCUGUGACAGUUCUCAGGGCACCCAGGACUGUCUCUCUCCUUGGUUACCCCCUACCUCCAGCAAGAGGAAGUCUUUCUUAUGGUAGCUAGGUGUCAGCUCCUUGACACCAUGAGCCUUUCAGCCACUCACGCACUCUUCUCUGAGCUAUGCCAGCCCUAACUUCACCUUGCACCCCAACCCCUGAGUCCUUUUGAAUUAUUCCCCUGCGACAUCCAGCCCCUAACGUUAGCUAGGGCAGGUCUACACUACAGGGGAAAAUCGAUAUAAGAUACGCAACUUCAGCUACGUGAAUAACCUAGCUGAAGUCGAAGUAUCUUAUAUCGAAUUACCUACCGUCC